GUAUGGUCAAGUCCACCCAAGGGAUUAGAUCCAAAUUCCGCGUCUAGCAGGACCAAUGCCCAGAACAAUCCCAACUUGGAUUCCGUGGCAGCGACCCAGGAACCGUUGUUCUCGUUUUCUUCGAGUUCUACCUCUUCUUCAGCUUCGUCGGCCUCUCUCUUAAAUGUCCCCACGACGCAACAACGGUCAAACAGCAAUAACAACAACAGCAACAGCGGCGGCAACGGCAGCACGGACAACCGCUCAUGGCCGGAAACGGGGGAUGGUCUCGGGUUGCUUACCCUGGGAGAGUUCUUGAGGGAGACCGCGUCCGGUGACGACAGUGAGAGGCAACUGAACGGAAUAUUGAGACUUAGGCGAAGGACGGUGGCUGCCGAGUAUAGUAACGGUAGUGACCGAACCAGGACUGGCGAUUUUCUUUUUGUUCCUGCUCCUUUACCUCCGCCCCCACCUCCCCCACCGGCUAGUUGGAAUUCUUCGGGCCUUGGGAAUUUGUUCGAUCAUACACCGGCUGGGAGAGCCCGCAUUCUCGGCACUAUGGGGUCUUCUGCGAUAGGUGGUCUGCGGGGCGCUGGUGGGAGUGGUAGCAGUGGUUCCGGCGGCACUUCCACAGCCACUGCUGCCUCUGCUCCUCCGGCUGGCUCCUCCUCUUCUGCCGCCAGUGCUUCGGGGGCUUCGACGUCUGCUGCAGCGAUUGCCAGGGAUCAGACUACGUUUGCCAACCUGGUGGACCAGAUUAGGAGGAUCGGAGAAUUGCAGGAUUUUGUACUAUCAUCGGCGGAUGAAGCGAGCAAUCCUGAGAAUCAGGGUAGGACGGCUACAGAGGGGGAGGCCCGUAUCGCAUCAGCUUUGGGGAAUAGUGAAUCUCGGUUGAGGGCCAUGCAAACUAGUAUUGACCUCUUAGCUUCCGAGUUCCAAUUAUUGAGGAACACCCGCAGGGAGUUGAGACGUGUAAGUCUAUUACUCUACUCCCCUGCGGCUUGGAUUUUACUUUUUUAAUAUUUUGGUUUUGUUUUCUUCUUCUGUGGCUGGGACAUAUAGCGUUUGCUUAUAGCAUUGCGUCCGCAUGUUCAGGUAGAAGAGGAAGCUCUAGAGACGCUUCAGAAUUCUUCAGGCACCGCUGGCUCUUCCAGAGGCACUCGGCCUGUACCAGCGAUCCCAGCAGCCCAACCAACAUUUUCCUCCCCACGUGGCCACUCCGGAAGGAGGGAGCCAAGAACUCUGAUGAACCAGCGUUUCCGGCGCUCUAGAGCAGAGGGAAGACUCCCGGACCUAUCUGACGAUGAGGCAGACUCUUACGAGUACCCCCCCAUGUUCACUGGCCUCGCCUCUGCAGGACACACCGGCCGUCAUAGGAACGUUGCGCUCGCGAGGAACCCGGGCUUUCGCCUCGGUCAAGGGAAUCCUUCGUGGGCACAAACACCGGAUGCAGAUAGCCAGCGUCAGGAAGCGGCAACGGAUGGAGCUGAAACCGAAGUUGCGGAACAAACGGAACGGGAGGAAGAAGGGGAGAGUGAUUGCACUAUCCCGAGCACUGAAGCCAGGGAUCGUAUGCUACUCGAUAUCGUUAUGAGGAUGCAAAUCGAGAGUUUGCAGGGCGGGGGUCUACCGGGAUUA